AUGUCUACUUUCGUCGUAUUUGUCUUGGUCUUCUUGAUUGCUUCAAUGGAAGCAAAAGUUUUCCGGUGCCCAUUUCGGCACGCGAAUCACUCGAGAAGAAACUGUGAAAGAUCGGAUGAUUUCCGAAAAUUUGUUGAAGCACACCCAGAAGAAAAAAACCGACGCCCAGAUAUUGAUCCACACACCGAAGAUCUAUAUGAACAGGAACAGGUUAGUUAUCUCAGAAAUUUAUCCGAUUCAUUUAACAAUUCCUAUUUUCAGCUCAAGUAUUGCUGCUAUGAAGAGCAAUGCUUGAUUGAAUGUGGCUACAACCUCAAAGAACUAUACAACAAUGAAUGGGCAACUUACAACGCACAACACCCUGAAAAACUCGUCAACCUACAUGAAGAUGAAUACAAAAAAUUUUUCAACUACAUAGAUGACACCGAAUACCAAAUGCUGGCCACAGCCGAUGCCAGGAUAGUGGGAUUUUGGAAGAUACGCGCGACCCACUUCAACAAAAAGAAACCUAGCAUUGAUCGACACACAGAAGACUUAUACGAGCAAGAGCAGGUUAGUUAUCUCAGAAAUCUAUCCGAUUCAUUUAAAAAUUCCUAUUUUCAGCUAAAAUAUUGCUGCUUCGGAGCUGAACUCUGGCGCGAAUGCUGCACCGAUUCAGGAAGAUCCGCACUACUCAUUUCAACAAUAAUUUCUGAUGUAUUCAACCCUAUUUCCCUAAUUUUCCCAAAAUCUAAUUUUAAACCCUAAAAACUAAUAUUUCUACAUUCUCUACUAUUUAUUUAAGUAAUAAUAAACUUUUUCCACUGGAAAGUUAUCAAAAAUACGCUGAAAACGUGAAAAAUUAGGCAUUUCUGCUGAAAACCGCCCGAAAAAUCAAUUGGGCUACUGUAGCUGGCGGGAAAAGUGUGCAAACACCGGCACGUUUGCGGACCGUGGCAUUUUAUUUGCCGCGCACGUAUUUUCUUUUUUUUCGGGCGGCGCAUGUUUUUUUCGGGUUUUCUUUGGGAAAAUUCCAAUAAUCAAGCUUUUUGAUGAUGGGAAAUUUGAGGAAAAUAUAAAGGUUUGUGAAUUUUGAAGGUUUUCAUGAGAAAAUUUGAAUUUUUCAGGCAGAAAAUGGGAUUUUCGACGAAUUGUUGGAGUUGGAAGUUGGAUUUGGGAAAAAAAUCGUCUAG